AUGGCCGCAAUCGUGUCAAUGAAUCAUACCGAUGUGAAUCGUCGAGUCCUCCGAGGUGUGCUUAGCAGCCUUUCAAAAAUGCCUGCUGUGUCCGCGUUGAAGCUGCUGGAGCUUGCUGACCAAGACCUGAUGGACUGCGUCUCCCAAAAGUCCGUGACCUUAGCCAUGCAAACACGUCACAGCCUUGGGAGCGAUUCGGCAUCAUUGUUGGACAGUCUUCGAGGCGCAACGACGCAGCAAGCCAAGGACAAAGAGCAGCUUAUUGCAUAA